AUGGAGUCCACUGUACAAGGAACUGAGAGGAAGGCUGAUGGGCCAACAGAGACGACGCAGCUUCUGAAACCCACCAAAGCUGCUCCAGAUGGCAAAGCCACAGGCCCCCAGCUCACGCUCAACCUCGUGGUUUGUGGCCUCGGUACUGGGAUUUUCACACUGCCUUGGAGUACUGCAGGUGCGUCCUGUAUGGUUGGCGUUCUUAUCGUAGCAGGCGUACUGGCAUUGAAUGCUUGGACCAUCUUCAUCUUAAUCGAGGCGGCCGAGGCCCAUCAGGCGUUUGAUAUUGGAUCUUUACUUUCGAGUUUGCCCGGAGCUCUCGGACGAGUAGCUCCGCCGGCGGUAAAUGCAGUUAUCUGGAUUGGAGGCUUCUUUUGUCUCGUCUCCUACGUCAUAGUCAUCGCCGACUGCGCUGGCCCGAUUGCCGGCGUGGCAACGUGGAAACUGAAAGCUUUGACCUCCGUCUUGGUCCUUCCUCUUUGUUUCUUGGACCAGCGCUUGCUGUCUUUUACAUCCACGUUCUCUGUGCUCGCGGUGAUGCUUGUCUUCGCACUGAUGACAUCAGUGUUCAUGCAGGAUCACGAGGCCUCUCUGCCCAUCUGCAUGGCCGGCCUUUCGUGGGGAAGUGUGUCUAUGUUUGCAAGCAUGAUGCAGACUGUUGUGUUGCAAAUGUGUGUGCUCCCCAUGUAUGGGGAGAUGCGAAACCGAUCACCAGGCGCCUUCGCGAAGGUCGUUUACUGGGGCUUCGCCGUGCUUUUCAUCGUUUGUGCCAGCUUCGCUCUGCUGGGGUACUUCACCUUCGGCUCUGCCGUGAAAUCGAACGUGCUGCUUUCACUGCCUACCAGCCGCGCCGGCAACUUGGCCCGGCUCUGCGCAGGGGCCAGUGUGGUGGGAGUCUAUCCCAUCAUAUUAAAGCCGAUGAUUGCGACCCUGUAUCGACCAGGAGAAGGGCAGGAGAGCUUAACGACCCAUUGGGCCACAGGCUCUGUGGUAGCAGGUGUGAUGAUGGCCUCUUUGCUUCUUUCCGACCUGGGGAAGCUCAACAUCUUCAACGGAGCUGUGUCUAUGGGUGUCUUUGUGGCCGUCGUUCCCUUCUUGGUUGGGUUGAGCACUUAG